UAAUGUCCACAGCAUGGGAAGGGAAGUGUUCUUUGCGCAUGCGCGGACGAUCGUGUGGUCCUGUACCAAACGUGUCGUAAAACGCAACGUAGCAGUGCGGUCUUUAAGUCUGCAUUGAUUAUUUUGUACUCAUUCGUCAAUCGUAUGAAGACCCUAACUUUAUUAGUUUUUCGUGUCAGUAUUAACUUAACUUCUCUCAGUGAACUUUGAAGCGUCUCUUCUCAGGCUGAGCUUGCUAGCUAGCUUAGCUGACUAGUUAGCUUAGCAUGUUAGCUGCUAACAAAGAGACGCGGAAGUGAUCAAGACAUCGCUGAGAAGAGAUCAAGUUGUUUUAGUGAGAUUGUAAAGUCAUACCUCAAAGUCGGAUGGCUGCCAUGGAGGAGCCAAGCUCGCAGCUGCCUUUUUUUACCAGCUGCUGCAGGAGGAGGUCCAGUAAUCCACUGAUGUCUCUGACGUCUGUGAAGAACAUUUUCUCCCUGAGCAAUCGAAGUGGAGCUUCAGGAUGGUGAAGGAAGAGCCACAGCCCGUCCACAUUAAAAAGGAAGAAGAGGCGCCACAGACACUGCACAUUAAAAAUGAGAAGGAGGACCCACUUACCCACCAUUUCAAAGAGGAAGAGGAGGCGCUAGAGACCCCCCACAUUAAAGAGGAAGAGGAGGAACACAGCAUCAGUCAGGAGGGGGACCAUCUUGAAUGUUUGGAGCAGUUCGCAGUGAUUGGUGUGAUUGUGAAGAGUGAAGAUGAUGAGGUCAAAGAUGAAAGUGAGGAGAAGAGAGAGGCGGAGCCUCCAAGCAGCAGCUCAACUCAACACAUGACAACAGAAGCUGAUGGAGACCACUGUGGAGGAUCACAAGCAGACAAGAUCUUAGCUCCACUAUCAGAUAGUGACGACACAAAGUCUCACUCUCCUGACACUGAUGAUGAAGACUUAAAAGAUAAUAAGACAUGUCACACUGACAACACACACUUGACAUGUUCUUACUGUGAAAAAACUUUUAAGCACCAUUGUCAUCUAAAAGUACACAUGAGAACACACACUGGAGAAAAACCUUUUUCCUGCUCAGAAUGUGGGAAAGGUUUUGUACAAAGUGGUGAUUUGAAAGUACACAUGAGAAUACACACGGGAGAAAAACCCUUUUCCUGUUCUAUCUGCGGUAAAUAUUUUGCCCGGAAGCAACAUUUGCAAAUACACAUGGUAAUACACACUGGGGAAAAAUGUUUUUCAUGUUCAUUGUGUGGUAAAUGUUUUAUACAAAGUAGUGAGUUGAAAGUACACAUGAGAACGCACACUGGCGAAAAACCAUUCAUGUGCUCAAUUUGUAGUAAAAGAUUCACACAGAAGGCAAAUUUGAUCAUGCACACAAGAAUACACACUGGUGAAAAACCUUAUACAUGUUCAAUAUGUGGUAAAGGUUUUGCACAAAAUCAAUCUUUGAAAGCACACAUGAGAACACACACUGGAGACAAAACAUUCAUGUGCUCAAUUUGUAGUAAAAGAUUCACCCAGAAGGCAUAUUUAUUAAGACACACAAGAAUACACACUGGUUAAAAACCUUUUAUGUGUUCAGUAUGUUGUAAAGGUUUUACAUAAAGUCACUGUUUUAACGUGCACAUGAGAACACACACAGGUGAGAUAAAGUGUAGAGUUGCAGUGUGUGUGGUGAAAGAUUCUCUUUUAAGUACCAGUGUAAGAAACACAAAUGUGCUGGAGGAUUUAAAAUAAGCUGUCAAGUCUUUAACUUGUUAACAACAUUAGCACAUAUAAGAUCUGUGACAUCCUUGCUGUGAAUGUAACACAAUCUUUCUAAGAAGAUUCAUUCAUAAAUUAGAUACUUUAGAUUGGUGAUUUAAUUUCAGUCAAGUACAAUAAUAUACAACAUUGUGUACUUUUAUAAUUCACUUUAUAUGUAUUCAUAAUAGUAUUGUAUGUUUUUUAUAUAUAUAUGUAUAUAUAUAUAAUGAUGCUUUACAUAUUUGUAUAUCUAAUUGUAAAUGAUUCCAUGGAUGAACUCAUUUAUAUGAUAUACAUAUUUGUUUUACUGCGAUCAGGUGGCGACUUGUUCAGGGUGUACACCGCCUUCUGCACGAUUGUAGCUGAGAUAGGCGACCCCAAAGGAAAUAAGGGGUAGUAAAUGAAUGAAUGGAUGGACAUAUUUGUUUUACAUUUGUUCAUUCUUUUGCUUUUGACUACACAUAAAUCUAUCUCAGUUCAUAUUUACUGGUUUUACAUCUGAAAUAUCUUCUGGACCACUUCUGGGAGCAUAUUAUUAUUUACUUUAUACAUCAUUUGAGCAGUUGAGUUUUAUACAAGAUCAAUUACUUUUAAAAUGUUUGACAUUAUGAAUCCUUUGUUGGUUCUUUAUAAUCCAUUCUGUUAAUUAUCUCUUUUACUUUCUUUUGUCAUAUGAAUAUUGUUUUGCGAUUAUUUUAUAUAUAUGUCCCCAGACCUUUAUGCAAUAAACAAUGUAUGCUUCAACAAAAUUUGAUAACAAUAAAUCUAGUUAAUACUUGUGAAAA